UGGUCAAGUCCGAGCCUGUGGGUAGCACUGGCGCCCUGAGGGCGUGAGCCACGAGCGUUUCCAGGGCCGCCUCGGGGGUGUCGCCCCCGAAGCCGGGGUCCUGUGGUCGGGCUGGAGCCCGGCCCCCGCCCCGCCUGCGUUCGCGCCGCAGCCUCAGCUGCCAGGUGCUGGUGCCCGCGCCGGACGCUGCGACCGGGCCGGUUUGGGGGCCGGGGGUAGGCUCGGCUGGCCGGAGCCGCCGGGGGGCGCCGCGCCGCGGGACGCACCAGCAUGAGACUCAGAUUAAUGUGACAGUGUUAGGAUCGUCAGCCAUCCCACUGCCCCGCUGCCAGGGUACUGAGAGUGGGGAAGCAUGGAGGAGAGUAAGGAGACGGUGAACCGAGCUCAUGUCCUCUUUGACCGGUUUGUACAGGCCACUACCUGCAAGGGAACCCUCAGGGCCUUCCGGGAGCUCUGCGACCACCUGGAGCUGAAGCCCAAGGACUACCACUCCUUUUAUCACAAGCUCAAAUCCAAGCUUAGCUACUGGAAAGCCAAAGCACUCUGGGCAAAGUUGGACAAACGGGGCAGCCACAAAGACUACAGAAAGGGCAGAGCAUGCACCAACACCAAGUGUCUCAUCAUCGGAGCUGGCCCCUGUGGUCUCCGCACAGCCAUCGACUUGUCCCUACUCGGAGCCAAGGUUGUCGUCGUUGAGAAACGAGACGCCUUCUCCCGCAACAACGUCUUGCAUCUCUGGCCGUUCACCAUCCAUGAUCUGCGAGGUCUGGGUGCCAAGAAAUUCUAUGGCAAGUUCUGUGCUGGAGCCAUUGACCAUAUCAGUAUCCGUCAGCUUCAGUUGAUACUCCUAAAAGUAGCCUUGAUCCUAGGCAUUGAAAUCCAUGUCAAUGUGGAAUUCCAAGGACUUGUACAGCCUCCUGAGGACCAAGAAAAUGAACGGAUAGGUUGGCGGGCACUGGUGCACCCCAAAACCCAUCCUGUGUCAGAAUAUGAAUUUGAAGUGAUCAUCGGAGGAGAUGGGCGCCGGAACACCUUGGCAGGAUUUCGUCGGAAAGAAUUUCGUGGCAAAUUGGCUAUUGCCAUUACAGCAAAUUUUAUUAACCGAAAUACAACAGCGGAAGCCAAAGUUGAAGAGAUUAGUGGUGUGGCUUUUAUAUUCAACCAGAAAUUUUUCCAGGAACUGAGGGAAGCCACAGGUAUAGAUUUGGAAAACAUCGUCUACUACAAAGAUGAUACACACUAUUUUGUCAUGACAGCUAAAAAGCAGAGUUUACUGGACAAAGGGGUGAUAGUGCACGACUAUGCCGACACAGAGCUCUUGCUUUCCCGGGAGAACGUGGACCAGGAGGCUCUGCUGAACUAUGCCAGGGAGGCAGCAGACUUCUCCACCCAGCAGCAGCUGCCGUCCCUGGAUUUUGCCAUCAAUCACUAUGGGCAGCCUGACGUGGCCAUGUUUGACUUCACUUGUAUGUAUGCCUCCGAGAACGCAGCCUUGGUGCGGGAACAGAAUGGACACCAGUUACUGGUGGCUCUGGUAGGGGACAGCCUCCUCGAGCCUUUUUGGCCAAUGGGAACAGGAAUAGCCCGGGGCUUUCUCGCAGCUAUGGACUCUGCCUGGAUGGUACGAAGUUGGUCUCUAGGAGCGAGCCCCCUGGAAGUCCUGGCAGAAAGGGAGAGCAUUUAUAGGUUGCUGCCUCAGACCACCCCUGAGAAUGUGAGUAAAAACUUCAGCCAAUACAGCAUAGACCCUGUCACCCGGUAUCCCAAUAUUAACGUCAACUUCCUCCGGCCAAGCCAGGUAAGAGCCUUCUUGUCAGCUACUGUCAGCUACCUGUAUCUGGGUGCGCUUUCAGGACUAGUCAUACUUCUGCAGUAUUCUGUAGCUCGUUCAAGCAAACUGCUGGGUUGGUGCCAAAGGCAGACAUAUGGCUAUGCAGGGGUUAAUGUGACAGAUCUCACCAUGUCUUGGAAAAGUGGCCUGGCUCUCUGUGCAAUUAUCCAUCGAUUCCGCCCUGAUCUGAUAGAUUUCAAUUCUUUGGAUGAGCAAAAUGUGGAGAAGAAUAACCAGCUGGCCUUUGAUGUUGCUGAGAAGGAACUGGGCAUUUCUCCCAUCAUGACAGGCAAAGAAAUGGCCUCAGUCGGGGAGCCUGACAAGCUGUCCAUGGUGAUGUACCUGACCCAGUUCUACGAGAUGUUCCGGGACUCUCUGCCCUCUAGUGAUGCUUUGGACCUGGAUGCUGAGGAGAAAGCAGUCCUGAUAGCCAGCACCAAAUCCCCCAUCUCCUUCCUGAGCAAACUGGGGCAGACUAUCUCCCGGAAGCGUUCUCCCAAGGACAAAAAGGAAAAGGACUCGGAUGGCGCUGGAAAGAGGAGAAAAACCAGUCAGUCAGAAGAGGAGGAAGCACCCCGGGGCCACAGAGGAGGGAGGCCUGUGCUGGCGAGCACUCUAACAGACAGGAGGGUGGAGGUGGCUGUCGGCAACCAGAACAAAGUGAAGUACAUGGCCACCCAGCUGCUGGCCAAAUUUGAGGAGAAUGCACCCCCACAGUCCACUGGUGCGAGGAGACAGAGCUCAAUAAAGAAGGAGUUCCCACAGAACCUGGGAGGCAGUGACACCUGCUAUUUUUGCCAGAAGCGGGUCUAUGUGAUGGAGAGGCUGAGUGCCGAGGGCAAGUUCUUCCACCGGAGCUGCUUCAAAUGCGAAUACUGCGCCACCACCCUGCGCCUUUCAGCCUAUGCCUACGACAUUGAGGACGGUAAAUUCUACUGCAAACCACACUACUGUUACCGAGUCUCCGGCUCCGCACAGAGGAAGAGACCAGCAGUGGUUCCCUUGCCUGGAAAGGAGGCCAGAGGACCCCUGCAGGAUGGCCCCAUUGCAGACACAGGCGGACGGGCCGGCACCGGGGCCAGCGCCACUGAGAGAACCGCAGCCGCAAGUGUGAACGGCUUGGAGGAGCCCAGCAUUGCCAAGAGGCUGAGAGGCACUCCUGAGAGGAUCGAGUUGGAGAACUACCGCCUGUCUGCGCGGCGGGCAGAGGGACUGCAGGAGGUGCCUGAGGAGACGCAGGCUGAGCACAACCUCAGCAGCGUGCUGGACAAAGGCCCAGAGGAAGACGCCGCCAGCAGCAGCUCCGAGUCGGAGACGGAUGAGGAGGAGCCCGCGCUCCCCACCUCGGACCUGGGCGGCGUUCCCUGGAAGGAGGCCGUGAGGAUCCAUGCCCUCCUGAAAGGAAAGGGUGGAGAGGAGCUGGAGGCCUCGAAGGGCCAGGAGCUGGGCAAGGGCGAGGAUGGGGACGAGGACGAGGAGUAUGAAGAGGACGGGGACGACGGAGAGUCCAGUGAAGCUGGGAGCCAGAGGCUACAGCAGAUCAUAAAUCCAGCCAAUCCCCUGGAGAUCCAGGCUGACGUGCACUGGACGCACAUCCGUGAGAAAGAGGAGGAAGAGCCGACCGCACCCACCUCUGAGUCCUCUGCUUCUAGAGUGCCUGAACUUCCCUCCGUACGCCACGCAGCAGUGCAGGCCUGGCUGGAGACGGUCGCCCGAGUCCCAUUUGACGAGAGUGACUUGGAGGAAGAUGUGGACUCGGAGCCAGCAGAGAGAGAAGGAGAAGCAGCAGAGAAUGGGGACACAGGGGACACUGGUGCUGAGCUAGAUGAUGAUCGGCACUGGUCGGACCCUGAAGCAGAGCUGCACGUGUGGCCCCAGGAGCUGGGGAAAGCGGAGCUAGAGCUGAAGAUUCCAGAACACAAGAAGGAGCACUGCCCUGCCACUCCUGGGCACCAGCAAAGGGGUCCCUCCCACACGUCCAGCCUCAACCGGCCCCCAGAGGAGCAAGGCCUCAGUCCUAUGGCAGAGGGGCCGAGAAUCUCACUCUCCUCUGUUGGUACCAAAGUGACAUCGCACGAGUUGCACCUUUCCCCUGAGCCUUUGCUCCCCACAGCAAAGCCCGAAGCAGAGGUGCCUGCCACCCAGAGAGCAGUGCACUCUCCAGUCCGAUCACAGCCUCUGGCUCUGCCCGAGGCCAGGGCACCUACCUCCCGACCUGGUUCCCACUGCCUGUCCCCCUUGGCCACCCCUGCCCCUCCCACCCAGCUCCCCAUUUGCUCUCAGCCUCAGCCUUCCUCUGAGGCCACCAUCCUGUCCCCAACUAAGUCCCCCGUAUGCUUCCAGCCUAUUCCAGCCAAAACCUCCACCCCAGUGGCCUCCCUCCCCUUGAAGCAAGGGGAUGCUAAGGACAGAUUGGGUAGCCCUCUUGCUGUGGAUGAGGCCCAGAAACGGACUGACCUGGUGGCGGAGUUCUGGAUGAAGAGCGCCGAGAUCCGCCGCAGCCUUGGUCUCACGCCCGUGGAUCACAGCAAGGGCCCCGAGCACAGCUUCCCCUCACCCGCCUUUAAGCCAAUACCCCUAAAAUCUUGUCCAGUGGAGCAGCCGGCCUGGGGUGACGGGCUCCACCUUUUAAAACCUCCGCCUGCACCUAAGAGGCUGGGCCUGCCCAGAGCAGGUGCAGAGCAGGUCCCCCUGCCCACACCCAAGUCCCCGUCCGGCAGGGAGCUGGAAAGCGCCCAAGAGCGGGGAGAGCUGUCUAGCAGCUCCGGGCUGGGCCUCCGGGGCAGCUCCUCCAACACGAAGACCUUGGGCAGCCAGAGCCUCAACACCUCGGACUCGGCCAUGCUCACCCCGCCGGCGAGCCCGCCGCCGCCGCCGCCCGCCGGCGAGGAGCCCGCCACCCUCGGGAGGAGGCCGCACCAGCCGGGCGAGCGUGCGGGGCUCCUGCCGGCGCCGUGGGUCCGCGCGCGGGAGCCGGCCCGGCAACCCCGGGAGGAGGUGCGGAAGUCGUUCGCGGAGAGCGUGGACGAGAUCCCUUUCGCCGACGACGUGGAGGACACGUACGAGGACCGCACGGAGGACUCGAGCCCGCAGGACUUCUUCACGCCCCCGUCCAGCUGGCCCGCCGCGGACGCAGGCGCGCGGCCAGUCCAGGAGCGGCGCUGCCGCGGGCUGCCCGCGGUCUCCGCCGAGGCCCGGCAGCUGGCGGAGGAGCGCAUGCGCGCCAGGGAGAGGUCGGUGCGCAGCCGGGCGCUGCGGGACGCGCUGGCCGAGCAGCUGAGCAGAAUGAGGGCGCCGGGGGGCGCCCCCCGCGAGGCCGCCGCGAUGCCCACCUCGGGCAGAGCGCCGGGCCCUGAGGAGCCCGUUCAGGGGCGCGAGGCCGCCGGCGAGGAGGGCCUCUCCCCUCCGUCGGACUCGGGGGGUCCGGAAGGGUCUGUCGCCUCGUCCGACGGCUCCAGCGGGAAGAGCCAGAAGAGGUCGUCGCUCUUCUCCCCGCGCAGAAACAAGAAGGAGAAGUACCAGGGGGAGGGCCGGCCCGCAGAGCGGCCCAACCCCAGCCUCCUCGAGGACACAGCCGCCAAGCCCAAGUCCCUGUGGAGGUCGGUGUUCUCCGGCUACAGGAGGGACAAGAAGAGGAAGGGCGACAAGUCCUGCUGCGGCCCCCCUUACAGCGGGGCCGCCGGGGACUCCGGCGCGCCCAGGACGCCAGCCGUCACGAGGGCAGAGCUGCAGCUCCGGCGCCAGCUGAGCUUCUCCGAGGACUCCGACCUCUCCAGUGACGACGUCCUUGAGAGGUCCUCCCAGAAGUCCAAGCGCGAGUCGAUUUAUGUACCACAUGCCUUGGCAUUCAGGAGAUCAUAUUCAUCAAAGCCAAGAACAUACACAGAGGAAGAACUGAACGCCAAGCUGACUCGGCGUGUGCAGAAGGCUGCUUGGAGACAGGCCAAGCAAGAGGAGCUGAAACGACUGCACCGAGCCCAGAUAAUCCAACGGCAGCUGGAGCAGGUGGAGGAGAAGCAGAGGCAGCUGGAAGAGAGAGGGGUCGCUGUGGAGAAGGCACUCCGCGGCGAAGCAGACUAUUGGGGAGAGUCUUAUUACAGUGACCUCGUCGACUUGCACCUGGGUGUCGAGCCCAGUGGCGGGACUCCACGGCGUAGACCUCUCUCCUUCUGCCCGUGCUGUGUCCAGGAAGGCAUGGGCAAGAAGGACGACCCGAAGCUGAUGCAGGAGUGGUUCAAGCUGGUGCAAGAGAAAAAUGCCAUGGUGCGCUACGAGUCAGAGCUGAUGAUUUUUGCCCGGGAGCUGGAACUGGAGGACCGGCAGAGCCGGCUGCAGCAGGAGCUCCGGGAGCGGAUGGCAGUGGAAGAUCACCUGAAGACGGAGGAGGAGCUGUCAGAGGAGAAGAGGAUCCUGAAUGAGAUGCUGGAUGUGGUCGAGCAGAGAGACUCCCUCGUGGCCUUGUUAGAGGAGCAGCGGCUGCGAGAGAAAGAGGAGGACAGGGACCUGGAGGCUGUCAUGCUGUCAAAGGGCUUCAGCCUGAACUGGUCCUGAGCCCCUGCGCACGCCCUUGCAGCACCCACCUGACCAGGGCUGGGCUCCUCCAGACCACCGAGUCCCAGACUGGAGAAGGCCUGGGAGUUUGCACUCAAAUGCCCAUGUGCCUCUAGAAAAUCAGGCCAGGCAUCUGUGCUGCGGAAAACCCAGGUGAAGAGAUACUGAGAUGGUCGGGCGCCCGCAGAGAGGCCCAGCCUGACCUCCCGCUUCAGGGAGAGAAGACGGCGUGAAACGAAAUGCCUGCUCGCUGCCCAGGCUUAUGGUGGCUGGGGCCUCUCCACCCAUAGGCACGCUGUUGAGGGGAGGAGGCUGCUGCCCCUGACAGAACCAUUGCCCGAGGGUAGCCCUGCGAGCGUGGGAGCAGCUGUCUUCAUGCGCCUGAAGCACUACCAAAGAGUCAAAGAUGCUUUUCCCGAAAAAGCAAAAGUGUUGAGUCCUGACCCAGGAGGGGCAGCACCCACCCAGCUCUGGGGCCCGGAGAGCCUGCCCCCCGGCCUGCACCACACACUGGGCCCUGAGUGGCCAAGUGCCUGAGGCCCCCUCUCUGGCUGUGGCCCAAAGCCUGUAGACUGCUACAUUUUGCUUUUAAUUCACAACCAUUUUGACACUGGAAAAUCCAGACUUUUGGGGUGGGAGAGGCCCUACAUCCCAAGCCCCAGUGGACAGGCAGGCGCCACUGCUCAGCGCUCCACAUCGAGGCAGGAGGUUACCUUGUUCCUUGGUGUUUUUCCUGUGUUUGCACACUGAAACGAAGCUGACUGCCUGGUAAGAUGCUCAGCUGCUUUGGACGCUUUUUGUCAAUUAACUUAUUUUUUUAAUACUUGAAAAGAAGUGGCUUCAUUUUUAUGUCUUUACUAGAGACACUGGUCACCUGCACCUGCUGUAGGAGUGGCAGGGGUCUCUGCGUCCUGCACACCCCGUCCCAGGCUGAGUGCUUGUUACCCUGUCUAUUUAUUAGCCUUCAUGGUGUUGCUGACCACUGGCAUCGUGUGGUUCCCCCCUCACAGCCACCUGUCCCUGCCCACACUCAGUGUCGGCCCCUCCCCCUCCACCCACACCCCGCUUUCAGCUCUCGCUGUGGCACCAGACGUCCAUGUCUGCACCACCACUUGUCGAGGGUAUGUGUCUGCACAGUUGAAGGCCGCUUGCCUGUCCCUGUUGGAAUCCUGGCUCUGUAGAACCCAUUGUUCUCUCAACUUUGGUGUCAGGAUCUCACCUCCCACAACACAUUUAUUAAUUAAAGAAAGUUGCAGGUGCGCCCUCUCCCAGGCUGGCUGAGAUGGCAUGUGGUGAGACUGUGGCACCCUCCUGAGCCAGCCGGAUGGAGGUGCACAUGCUGCGACAGGUGUCGGGCCACACGUGUCUCACAGGCCGCUCGCUGCUCCAGCCUAAACCUCCCUGUGCCUGCAUCUUCACCAGGAGGCAGGAGGUGGUAAGCACUAGCUCCGGGUCAAAUACAUGUUGCUCGUGGCUCAACUGGAGGCUGGUGGGAUGGCUCAUGGAGCCACCGUGAGGACCCUGGUGAGGCAGCACCUGGCCAUGCAUGGCAUAAGCAAGCAGCCAGCCCCAGGCUCCUGUCAGUCCCAGGCUGGUUAGGAAGGCUCCCUGGCCAACUCUGGGUGGAGACAGGCUAGGGCAGGGAGAAUGGAGGCCUGGCACCUUUUCAGAUAUCCCUGAGGGUAGGCAGGUGGGCGUCCACACCAACCUUCCUGCAAACCACACUGUGCCUCGACUUGAACAGCCGCUCUUGCUAUGGAGGACCAAAAGGCUGUCUUACUCUCCACUCUGUCCACAGCUGCCACCCGUCCUGCGGAGUCCCAGGGAUAUGCUGCUGACAGCCGCCACAGCUUUGGCUUCACUUCCCAUCUGACAGCGCAGUCUCCAUUUUUAUUCUCUUUUCUUGAUAGUGGGGAGGGGACUGUGUUCUAGGUUCCAUCUUUAAACCCCAGCCUUCCAAUAAAAUUGGUCCUGUGGCCAGUCUUCACUGCUGGUGUGGCCUUUUCCCAGCCCUCUCCACCUCCUGCCAGCCUACGUGGCCAGGCCCCGGACAGCACCUCCGACCCUGAUUGCUCCCGCUAGCCCCAGAACGAGGGAGCCAUGCGAAGUGCCUGCAGGGAUGCAGCCAGCGAGGUGCCCCCAGGUGCUGGCCAGUAUUGGUCAGCCUUCUACACCCCUGCCUCCUUCCGAAGCCCACACUGUGCCUGCAGUGACUAGAAAGGGUCUGAAGGCUGCAUAGAAGCUUCAAAAAUCCACAAACCUACAGGAGGGCCCCACUCCCAACAGUGUUACCACUCCAGGUUCUAGUAGAGCACUUGUUUUAUUUAAGCUCCCAUUUUAUAACCACUGGUUUGUAGUUUCUGUUCGUACCCUGUUGAAAUGCUGCAUGGAAUGUUUUCCAACUCCAGACAUGCACACAGCUCCAGGAAGAUUUGCUUCCCAAGAGUUCAGUCCCCUUGAAGGCAGGGGGAGCAGGGGAAAACAAAACAGUGAAAUGUAGUAAUUCCAGUGUAAGUGAGCCCAGACACAGGUCACCACAGAGGUCAGCCAGGCUUGGCAUCAAGGGGCCAGCAGGUCUGUGUGGGCUGUAACCCUAUGCAAACCCCUGCUCAGAUGGCAGCCUCGGGCCUUUGCUCCAGCUGCUUCUGACCAGCAGUGAUAACUAUGCUAUAUCCUUUCAAAAAAGAAAUUUUUCAGUGGGGCAGGAAGUGAAGGAGUUUCAAGAAGAACAUUUUAAAGGUUGUAACAAGGGAGCUACAAAGGGGAAUGAGCCAUUUUAUUGGGCAAUAAAGUCUCUAAAGAAAUACAGAGUGCAUUCCUCAAAUGGCUCUGCUGGACUUGACCAUGAGCCAGGAUGCAUUUCCACAUUCCACCACCCACUGUUCUUGGGUAGGCAGUAUCCAUGCAAGUCAUUUGACGUCUAGCGUGUGUGUGGUGUGUACAAGGUGGCUUAAAGAAUACAACUCUUCUUAGUUGUGUGUUUUUUAGUUCUCCAUGUUAUCCUGGCUGAGCCGUCAGCUGCUACCACUUUGGAAAAUGUCCAGAGCAGCCAAGUGUGGAGCUCUUGAAAGCCAAGGGGGAGUUGGUGGGUCAGGGUUCAAGCUCUUGAAAGCCAAGCACCAGCACUCCACUGCAGAGAUUAAGUGUGUUCUGUUAAGUUGGAGUAGCCCCGUGCUCCUAGCAGCCUGUGCACUUCCCGGCCGGGCAGAUGUGUCCUUUGACAAAGCUGACCAAUAGUGUGGGCUCUGCAGCCUCCAGGCUUAAAUUGUUCAGAUGUGUCCAUGUCCCUGUGAACAGUUAGUGCAUAGGGUCUUAGAGCUGAUGUCACCUUUCUGUAGAUGGGAAUCAUCCUCCAGAUAUCAAAGGGAAUGAUCUGGCCAACUCCUUUCUGCUACAAGCAGCCUCCUAAGCUGCUUUUCCAAACGGAGGCACAGUCCAGCUGUCAUCUUCCCCUUGUGCGCUGACCUAUCAGGAGCAUAGCAGGUUGCAGCCACAGCCCAAGGUGCUGCACUGCUGCCUGGAGCAGUAAUGGAGGCAGGCUUAAGGCCACUGCAUGGAAGCUGGCUGUCAGCUAUCCCAGAAGGACGAGAGGGGCCUAGCUGGCACAAAUGUGGACAUCGUAGGCAGAAAAAAUAAGGUAUACUGUGGCCCUAGAUUCCCGAAAGGAUAGCUGGGUCACGGCUGUGCCUGCUGGGCAGGACAGUGGAGCCCAGGGGCACCCGUGCUGAUGCUGUCCUCAGAGGGCCUCCCUUUGAUUCGAGUGAGAGGCAGGCAGGAUGUGCCUCCAGUUCACAGCAAGCACAUGGGGCCAGAGCUGCUAGUGCCCAGCAGGCAGCCCAAGUGGAAGACUGCAGGAGGCCACUGCCAGGGCCUCCUCCAGAGCACCUGCACCCCCUUCCCCGAAGCUGCUGUGUCCAGUGAGCCCUGAAGCCCCACGCCCUGAGUGCUCAGAGUCCCUCCUCAGGGCCAGCGAACCAGCGGAGGGCGCAUGCAUUUCACUUCACUUCAUGAGCUGGCUGGGCUGCCUGCUUGAGACACCCCCUCUGGGCUACGUGCUGCGAAGCCCUCCCCCAGCAGGGAGGGGAAGAAGCCAUCCUCCUAGGUGAGUUAGGGCCCACCAAAACACCAGCCUUGGGGGCCAGAGCUGCGCCUUGGCGCUCUGAACCCAGGAGCCUGUGUCAGGCACCCAGAGUCACAGAGGCACUCGGGGGACACUCCUGACAGCCUGCUGCUGCUGGACUUUAACGGGAAACAUUCUGGGAUGGCCCUACUCCGUGUGCCGACUGCCAAGAGCCUACAUUAGAUUUAGUUGGGGUUCAGGCUUCUGUGUGUAGCCCACGUUUGCCGACUGCCUCUGCCUGAGAAGCCACUUGUUAACAGGAGCGGCACAGAAGGGGACAGUCCGUGGUGUGCACACACACUGCCCUUUUCCACACCCAGCGUGGCCUUUCUGAACUGGAGUGGGCAUCUAGUUCUGAGGUAGGCCGGACAUUGGCCUUGGAGCCGUGGGAGUGGCCCAGCCCUGGGGCUGGCCAGGCAGGACCCAAGGGGCAGAUUUCCCCACACCGGCCAGCAUCCGAGAGCCCGGAAGAGGAUGGCUGUAUCAAAUGCUUGCUAAGUAGGUGGCUGGGACACCCUCCAGGCUGGAGAGGGGCCCCCGGGUGGCAGGAGCAGGUGUGCGCCCUUCACACCUGUAUGAAAGAGUCAAGGCUCCCUGUGAGGGCAGUAGGGAGUGGGAGUUGGUGGGUUAGGGUUCCAGAUCAGACAGGCUUCUCUCUGCCUCCUCCCCAGCAUCAGACAUCGCCUUAGGCACAUCCCUUAAUUGAUCAGGGCCUCCUUCCCUCCAUCUAACCUGGGCUGGUGACCAAACCACAGGAUCCGUGGGAGGGCAGGACAUCAAAGGGUCUGAGGUUCUUGGACCAGCCUGCGGACAGGCACAGACCUAUUAAGCGGUGGUGACUAGCGUACACAUGAGGAAGGGGUGAGGAGGGCUGUGGGAACUUCACCCCACACCCCUGGGGGCUGACUCUCCCACCAGGUAACCUCAGAUCUGCCUGGAGCCUGUGGGCCUGUGCAUUUAUUUUUCAUGAUAGUAAAUGUGGGGCUGAAUCUUCCAUCUCCUCUCGGGAAUGUAACUUACUAGACAGACACUGGUCCUCUGCACAGGCAGCGAUCCCAGGACCCUGGCCGGCCACUGCAGGGCAUGCCUGAGCCAGCACUCCUGACUUUCUGUGCCAUCUCUGCAGCCCAGAGCCACCAGCAUCAGCCACCUCCCCCUGAGACAGCUGCCUUUGACCUGCUCCCAGGCCUCCGCAGUCACUAAGGGUGGAGCCAUCCAGUCAGCAUCAAGGGAUCAGUGUUGGGUGCUGAGCUGGGGUUCCCUGCAUGUGCCACAGGCAACUGGCACAGCGAGUAACAAGGAAAACAAGUCACUGGGCAGAGAAUCUCCUAUGGGCCCCUUGGCUCUGCACUAUGGCCACCAGGUUGUCUCCCCAAGAGGCUGGACGUCAGGUCUUCCCUGUGGGAGAAAAGACAUGACCAGAAGCACCUGACAGCCAGUGGCUCCCUUUCCCAGCUGCAUUUUGCUUAACUUUUUUUAAAGAAAUGUUUUUUAAAGAAUUAAAUACCAGUUAAAAAAUGUAACCAGGGCCAGACUUCACUUGGUACCAGCCUCAUAGAGGGACAGAAUAACAUUUCUGGCCCCAGUAAUUAAUGUUUUAAGUCCUCAUCAAAUUGUUCUUAAAAUCACCUGUAAAAAAAUCUGUUUGGGGCGAGCAGGAGGAUCACGUGGAGGGGUGUGUGCCAGAGCCGGACGGGACUGGGCCUCAGCGCUUCGCGCUUGACACUAGUCUGGUCUGGGAGCAAGCCAGCGCUCAGCGACCCAGAGGGCAGCAGAGCUUUAACUCCGAAGGUGGUAACCAGCGUCCCUUGCGAGCACCCCACUCCUGGGAGGUGGAGAGCCGCCAGGGCCCUGCUGCGUUCCACAGGACAUUUGGGAGACAUGGAGAAGACAGGUUUUCUGGAACACCGUGCUGGCUGAGGUGGCCCUCAUGCCGCUGGCCUGGCAGUGAUUCGCCUGGGAUGUAACCUAAGUUCACCUGCAUCUGAGAAGAGCCCUGCUCACCCUGCUCAUGGCUAAUUUUUAGAGUCUUCAUGGGAAGGAAAGUGGGAGCAAAUAGAAAGCAUCCUCAGUGUGGUGGGCGCAUGUCUACCCACCACUGUUCACACUGGUGGGCAAAAAGCAGAAUAAAGACAGUCAUUAUUUUUGU